GACGUGACACUAGUGUUUACCCAAGAGAACCAGAGUCUCUCAAAGAGAUAAGGUCUAUAACAGCAAAUCUUCUAGAGUUUUAUAUGGGAGCAACACCGGAUUCAGGUCAACUUAUAGCCAUGCUCUUGAAUCUAAUAAAUGCCAAAAGGACUAUUGAAAUCGGCAUCUUCACUAGAUAUUCUGUGCUUCUCACUGCUCUUAUAAUUCCUGAUGAUGGCAAGAUUAUAGCCAUAGAUCCAGAUCGACAGUCUUAUGAAUUGGGGUUACUAGUCAUCCAAAAAGCUGGAGUUGAACAUAAAAUCGAUUUCAAAGACUCUCCGGCUUUACCUGUUCUUGACAAACUCUUGGAAUAUAACGAAAACAGAGAUAGUUUGGACUUUGCAUUUGUAUACGCGAAUAAAACUAAUUAUGGAAACUAUCACGAGAGACUAAUGCAGUUUGUGAAAGUUGGAGGUGUGAUAGUGUAUGAUAACACACUAUGGUAUGAAACACUUGUGAUGCCAGAGGAAAAUGUUGACAAGUUGAUGAGAGCAGAAAGGAAAUACUUUCUUGAGUUAAACAAAUUCCUUGCUGCUGAUACUCGCAUUGAAAUUUCUCAAGUUAGUGUAGGUGAUGGAAUGACCAUCUGCAAGAGACUAUUUUGA